AUGAGCGACCUCGCGCCGUCAUUGUCCUCCAUCUUGGUCAACGCGCAUUCGGCGAAACCCAUUCCUAGUCACACACAAUAUGACACCGCCAGCCUUGACCUGUUUUUAAGGGAGGCAUAUCAAGUUAACCGAUCUAUCUCAUCUCUACUUUCCUAUCUGCGCGCAGUGCGAACUCAUUACCUCUCGACGGCACCCCCAGCACGACAAUCAAAGCGCCCGCAAUCCGGGGGCUCGCGUGCUACCCUAUCCUCGUUAAAUAUACCUGACAUCCCCGAGCAUUUGACAGACUCGCAGCGCGAAGCGAUCGACAGCCAAACCUCAUCGGUGCUGCGGGAUAUCAACAAAAAUAUUGGCAACAUUUCAUCCGCGGCGAAUCUGCAAUACGAGACGGCUACGAAGGUUCUUGAGAAGAAAUAUGGGCAGCCGAGCUCUGCGAUCUGGCGGUGGGCAGCAGGGGAUGGGGAUACGCCGGAUGCAGGAAAGUCAGAGGAACAGGUGCAGGAGGAGGGGAAAGUGAAGAUAGUCAAGUCGGUGCGAGAUGGAGUUCUGUGGUACUUGGAGAACAGGCUUAAGGAUGCACUUGCGGCGCAGCAAGAGAUGGUGGAGAAACGCCUGGACCGUGAGAGAGAAAAGCAGAUGAGUAUGCUCUACGACCCGAGAAACAAGGGAGUGAAAGCUAGCCGAGACGUCGAGAGUCUUCUGAAUGGCACGGAGACCCAAGCAGGACGGGAUCUACGUGGACACGACAAAUACAACCCGGCACUUGACCCGUCUCAGAGCGGCGAGCAGGAAUUGACGCCUGAGCAGCUACAAUUGUUCGAAGAAGAGAACAAGGGAAUGUUUGAGCAUUUCAACGAUCAGCUGGCCAAAGUGACCCAAGUGGAGAAGAGCCUCAUGGAGAUUGGCAGUCUACAGCAGACGCUGGUAGGGCACCUGAGUGUGCAAGGGGAAAUGAUCGGGCAGCUGGUCCAAGACGCAGCGAGUACGGAUGAGAAUGUGCGCAAGGGGAACAAGGAAUUGAAGAAGGCCAGUGAGCGGAGCAGCACGGCAAGACUGGUGUUUUAUGCAACAGCAGGGUUCUGUUCGUUUUUGGUGGCUUGGGAUUUGAUAUUUUGA